AUGCACUUCACCGCCAUCACCAGCGCAAUUGCGCUCCUCGCCUCAGCAGCGACAGCUCAACCAACAGCUCGUCAGGCUCCCACAGCGAAUGCAAACAUCAUGAUCGUCAACGCUGCAGACCACAGCCAGCAGCCCGUCCGCAUUCCCCUCGCGCAGCUCACCACUCUCAACUACCCAGUCACUGAGCUGCGCCUCAUCAGUCUCGGCGUCAACAUUCCUGACAUCCCUUCGCCUGAUGUCAAGGAUAUCGUGUGCCAGCGAUACAAGGACAGGUACGGUGUCCAGUUUGGUAGUACUGAGUUUGGAUAUGAGAAGCCUGCACUGAUUGCUACCAAUCCUGUUGACUUUGGAUGGGUUUUGUGUUAUCACAAGAGGAGUGAUUAG